AUGAGUGACUACUCGAAAGCACUUGAAUUUUACGAAAAAUCACAUAAAAUCCUCGAAAAAGCUCUACCUCCGAAUCAUCCCAAUUUGGCGAGCUCCUACAACAACAUCGGUCUCGUGCAUAAGAACAUGGGUGACUACUCAAAAGCACUUGAAUUUUACGAAAAAUCACAUAAAAUCUACGAAAAAGCUCUGCCUCCGAAUCAUCCCGAUUUGGCUACUUCCUACAACAACAUCGGUCUCGUGCAUAAGAACAUGGGUGACUACUCGAAAGCACUUGAAUUUUACGAAAAAUCACUUAGAAUCGACGAAAAAGCUCUACCUCCGAAUCAUCCCAAUUUGGCGAGCUCCUACAGCAACAUCGGUCUCGUGCAUAAGAACAUGGGUGACUACUCGAAAGCACUUGAAUUUUUCGAAAAAGCACUUAAAAUCGACGAAAAAGCUCUGCCUCCGAAUCAUCCCGAUUUGGCUACUUCCUACAAUAACAUCGGUAGAGUGUAUGACAACAUGGGUGACUACUCGAAAGCACUUGAAUUUUACGAAAAAUCACUUCAAAUCGACGAAAACACUCUGCCUUCGAAUCAGCCUCAUUUGGCUAUUUCAUAUGGCAACAUCGGUCAAGUGUAUAACAACAUGAGUGACUACUCGAAAGCACUUGAAUUUUACGAAAAAUCACAUAAAAUCUUCGAAAAAGCUCUGCCUCCGAAUCAUCCUGAUUUGGCUACUUCCUACAAUAACAUCGGUGGAGUGUAUGACAACAUGGGUGACUACUCGAAAGCACUUGAAUUUUACGAAGAAUCACUUCAAAUAAGAGAAAAAGCUCUGCCUUCGAAUCAUCCCUCAUUGGCUAGUUCCUGCAACAACAUCGGUCUCGUGCAUAAGAACAUGGGUGACUACUCGAAAGCACUUGAAUUUUACGAAAAAUCACUUCAAAUAAGAGAAAAAGCUCUGCCUCCGAAUCAUCCCGAUUUGGCUACUUCCUACAGCAACAUCGGUCUCGUGUAUAAGAACAUGGGUGACUACUCGAAAGCACUUGAAUUUUACGAAGAAUCACUUCAAAUAAGAGAAAAAGUUCUGCCUUCGAAUCAUCCCUCAUUGGCUAGUUCCUGCAACAACAUCGGUGGAGUGUAUAACAACAUGGGUGACUACUUGAAAGCACUUGAAUUUUACGAAAAAGAUCUCGAAAUCACGAAAAAAGCUCUGCCUCCGAAUCAUCCCGAUUUGGCUACUUCCUACAUUUGCAUCGGUCUCGUGUAUAAGAACAUGGGUGACUACUCGAAAGCACUUGAAUUUUACGAAAAAUCACAUAAAAUCUACGAAAAAGCUCUGCCUUCGAAUCAUCCUCAUUUGGCUGCUUCCUACAACAACAUCGGUAUGGCGUAUUCCGGCAAAAGAGACUACUCGAAAGCACUCUCAUUCUUAGAAAAGGCACUUGUUAUCUUCCAAAAAUCACUUCUACCUAAUCAUCCUAAUAUUAAAACAGUCACAAACUCAAUUGACUAUGUAAAAAAGAAAAUGUAA